AUGGCCUGGUGGUACCAGGCCACGUGGCUGCCCCCAGCUCUGCUGCUUCUCUGGAUCCCAGGCUGUUUGUCCCUGAGUGGCCCCAGAAGAGUGACAGGCAUUGUGGGGGGAUCCCUGAGCGUGGAGUGUCGGUACGCGGAGAAAUACAGAGACAACAGCAAAUACUGGUGCAAAGCCCCAUGUUUGUUAUUUUGGAAGAUUGUGGAGACCAAAGCGUCAGAGAGAGAAGUGAUGAGGGGCCACGUGUCCAUCAGGGACCAUCCUGCCAACCUCACCUUCACAGUGACCUUGGAGAGCCUCAGAGAGGACAAUGCAGGAACAUACGAGUGUGGGAUCACGGUACCAUUUUCACUUGACCCCACCGUCCACGUUGUGGUGUCUGUGUUCCCAGCACCAGUGUCAACCCACCCUACUACUGUGGCCGAGACCUCGACAACCACAAUCAAUAUUUCAACCAUGUCAUUCACCACCCUGGCCAUAGUGAGUCCCACCUACAGCGCCAGCAACGAGGAGGAAGCCAUGCAGGGGUGGGGGCUCCAAGUGCCGCUGGCCUUGUUGGCACUUCUGCUGCUUCUGUUGGCGGGCAUCUCACUGCUGGCCUGGAGAAUGGUUCAGAGACGGAUCAAAGCUGGUGAGAAUCCAGAGCCUCCCCAGAACCCCAGUCAGGCUGCUGAACAGAGUGAACCCUGCUAUGAGAAUCUAGAGCUGCAGAUGUGGCCCCUUCUGGAACAGCCCGUUAGACCCACCCAGGAGGAGGUGGAAUACAGCAACUUGGGGCUCCCCAGUGAAAACCUUCACUACACCUCCGUGGUAUUUGAUUCCCGAAGCCAGGAUUCUAAGACGGACAGAAUUCCCUCCCAGAAGCCCCAGACGCAGGAGCCAGUGUAUAGCAUGGUUAAGAAGACAUAAGCUUGUGUCUCCAGCCUUGCCAACCGGAGGGCUCUGUGGGUCACAGGAGGCCCAGGGCUCAGCCCCCACCCAUGUCUGUCUCCACCUGCUCCCCUUGAUGGUGACCGACAAGGCAGCUGGUCUCCCCAGGACUGUCCCUCUUGUGCCAUCAGCCAGGCUGGCUUCAUUGAGGAUGACCGGGAGUGGCGUUCUGGAUGGACCUGUGGGAAACCUUCCAUCCUACUGGCUCUCGAUGCAUCUCUCCUGUCUUCUCUUCUUCAUCCCAGCUCUGCGUGUGGAGGGCAGGAGCUCAGCCCCAUGUGACUCCAGGAAAAGAUGUGGCUCAUGUAGGGUGGUACCUUCGAAUAGCUUUGUAAAUCACAGCCCCAUGGAAAUGUCUGGGAUUGCUGGGGAGUGGGGAGAACUGAUGGAGAGCCAGAAGAAUACAAAGGCACUGAAGGCUGGGUCCCCCUCAUCUUACAGACAAGGAAACUAAGACCCAGAGAGAAGAGAGUCUUGCCCAUGGCUCCAGAACUAGCGGCACGUUUCUCUGGACUCUUAGGUUUACUGUUAAUAUAAGAGAUAUUAAUAAAGUUUAAAGUAUCUUAAGGGAGAAGAAAAAAUUAAAAGAAAAAUCCUUUCUUUUGAAGGCUGAAUAAUAUUCCAUUUAUGUAUAUACCACAUUAUGCUUAUCCAUUCAUCUGUCAGUAGAUACUUGGGUUGCUUCUACGUUUUAGCUCUUGUGAAAAAUGCUGUUAUGAACAUGGUGUACGAGUAUCUCUUCGAGACCCUGCUUUCAAUUCUUUUGGGUAUAUACCCAGAAGUGGAAUUGCUAAAUCAUAUGAUAAUCUAUUUUUAAUUUUUGAGGAACUGCAAUACUGUUACCUGCAGCAGCUGUACCAUUUUACAUUCUCACCAACAGUGCACAAGGGUUUCCAAUUUCUCCACAUCCUUUUCAACACUUGGUUUUGUUUUUCCGGUUUUUGUUUGUUUGUUUUUUUUAAUAGUAGCUAUCCUAAUGGAUGUGAGGUGGUAUCUCAUUGCAAUUUUGAUUUGCAUUUCCCAAGUGAUUAAUGAUGUUGAGCACUUUUUAUGUGCUUAUUGGCCAUUUGUAUAUCUUCUUUGAAGAAAUGUCUAUUCAAGCCUUUUGCCCAUUUUCAAAUUGAUUUUUUUGUAGUUGUUGAGUUUUAGUUGUCUAUAUAUUCUGGAUAUUAAUCCUUGUCAGAUAUACGAUUUGCAAAUAUUUUCUCUCAUUCUGUGGGUUGCCUUUUUACUAUGUUGAUAGUGUCUUUAGAGCACAAAACUUUAAAAUUUUCAUGAAGUCCAAUUUGUCCAUUUUUUCUUUUGUUGCCUGUGCUUUUUGGGUCAUAUUCAAGAAAUCAUCGCCAUAUCCAAGGUUGUGAAGAUUUUGUCGCAUAUUUUCUCCUAAGAGUUUAAUGGCUUUAGGUCUGACAUUGAGGUCUUUGAUCCAUUUUGAGUUAAUUUUGUAUAUGCUGUUAUGUAAGGGACCAACUUAAUUCUUUUGCAUGUAGAUAUCCAGUUUUUCCAACACCGUUUGUUGAAAAGACUGUCCUUUCUCCAUUGAAUGGUCUUGACCCUCAGGUCAAAAAUCAUUUGACUAUAUAUGUGAGGGUUUAUUUCUGGACUCUAUUUUAUUCCAUUGGUCUAUGUGUUUGACUUUAUGCCAGGAUCAUUCUCUCUUUUUUUUUUUUUAAAUUAAAUUAUUUAUUUAUUUAUUUUUGGCUUAAUUGGGUCUUCGUUGCUGUGCACAGGCUUUCUCUAGUUGUGGCGAGCAGGGGCUACUCUUUGUUGCGGUGCAUGGGCUUCCCAUUGCAGUGGCUUCUCUUGUUGUGGAGCACGGGCUCUAGGUGCGCGGACUUCAGUAGUUGUGGCACGUGGGCUCAGUAGCUGUGGCUCUCGGGCUCUAGAGCACAGGCUUAUUAGUUGUGGCACAUGGGCUUAGUUGCUCCAUGGCAUGUGGGAUCUUCCCAGACCAGGGCUCGAACCCGUGUCACCUGCAUUGGCAGGCGGAUUCUUAACCACUGCAUCACCAGGGAAGUCCCCAGGAUCACUCUCUUUUAAUUACUGUGGCUUUACAGUAAGUUUUGAAACCAGGAAGUGUGAGUCUUCUAGUGUUGUUCUUCUUUUUCAAGAUUGUAUUGGCUAUUGGGGGUCCCAUGAGAUUCCAUAUGAAUUUUAGGAUGGGUUUUCUAUUUCUGCAAAAAAUGUCAUUGGAAUUUUGAUACGAAUUGCAUUGAAUCUAUAGAUCACUUUAGGUAGUAUUUUUAACUUAACAACAUUAAGUCUUUCAAUCCAUGAACAUGGGAUGUGUUUUCAUUUAUUUACGUCUUCUUUAAUUUCUUUCAGCAAUGUUUUGUAGUUUUCAUUGUACAAGUCUUUCACCUCCUUGCUUAAGUUAAUUCCUAAGUAUUUUGUUCUUUUUGAUGCUAUUGCCAAUGGAAUUGUUUUCAUAAUUUCCUUUUCAGAUUGUUAACUGUUAAUGUACAGAAAUGCAACUGAUUUUUGUGUGUUGAUUUUGUGCCCUGUUACUUUGCCAAAUUCAUUUAUUCAUUCUAACAGGGUAUUUUUGGUGGAAUCUUUUUGGGUUUUCUACAUAUAAGAUCAUAUCAUCUGCAAACAGAUAAUUUUACUUCUUUCUUCCCAAUUUGGAUGCCUUCUAUUUCUUUUUCUUGCAUAAUUGCUCUGGCUGGGAUUUCCAGUACCAUGUUGAAUAGAAGAAGCAAAGUGGGCAUCCUUACCUUCUUCUUAAUCUUAGAGGAAAAGCCGUCAUUCUUUCACAGUUGAGUAUGAUGUCCACUGAGGGUUUUCUAUAUAUGGCUUUUAUAAUGUUGAAGUAGUUUCCUUCUAUUCCUAGUUUGUUGAGUGUUUUUAUCUUAAAAGGAUGUUGAAUUUUGCUAAAUGCUUUUUCUGCAUCAAUUGAAAUGAUCACAUGGGCUUUUCCCUUCACUGUGUUAAUAUAGUGUACUACAUUGAUCAAUUUUUAUGUUGAAUCAUCCUUGCAUUCCAGGAAUAAAUCUCACUUGGUCAUGGUGUAUAAUUCUUUUAGUAUUUUGCUGAAUUCUGUUUGUUAGUAUUUUGUUGAGGAUUUUUGCAUCGGUGUUCAUAAGAGAAAUUGGUCUUUAGUUUUCUUUUCUUAUAGUGUCUGGCUUUGAUAUCAGAGUGAUACUGGCCUCAUAUAGUGAUUCUGGAAGAGUUCCUUUUUUUCUAUUUUUUUGGAAGAGUUUAAGAAGGACUGGUAUUAGCGCUUCUUUAAAUGUUUGCUGGAAUUCACCUGAGAAUCCAUCUGGUUCUGGGCUUUUCUUUGUGGGGAGGUCUUUGAUUACUGAUUCAGUCUCCUUAUUUUGUUAUUAGUCUGUUCAGGCUUUCUAUUUCUUCUUGAUUCAAUCUUGGUAAGUUCUAGAAAUUUGCCCAUUUUAUCUAGGCUAUCAAAUUUGUUGGUGUACAGUUGUUCGUAGUACUCUCAUAAACGUUUUUGUUUCUGUAGAAUUGGUAGAGAUGUCCCCACUUUCCUUUCGAAUUUUGGUAAUUUCAGUCUUCUGUUUUUCUUAGUCCAUCUAGGGAAAGUUUUGUUGAUUUUGUUGAUCUUUCAAAGAACAAACUUUUGGUUUCGUUGAUUUUCUCUCUUUUCCUCUAUUCUCUAUUUUGUUUACCUCUGCUCUAAUAUUUAUUAUUUCCAUCCUUCUGCUAGUUUUGGGUUUAUCCUUCUUUUUCCAGUUCCUAAAGUUGUAAAGUUAGGUUUUUUAUUUGAGAUCUUUGCUCCCCUUUUUAAUGUAAGCAUUUAAAUUUCCCACUUAACACUGCUUUUGUUGUGCCCCAUAAGUUUUGGUAGGUUGUGUUUAUGUUUUCAUUUAUCUUUAAGUGUUUUCUAAUUCCAUUUAUGAUUUCUUCUUUGAUCCAUUGGUUGUGUAAGAGUGUGCUGUUUAGUUUCCACAAGUUUGUGAAUUUUCCAGUUUUACUCUUUUUCCCUUUUCAAGUAUUUAUAAAUAAACAUAAAUUGGUUGGUUAUGUGUCAGUGUCAAUUAGUUUUUUGAAUUCUGUCU